AUGGCAAAGCUGUUGCCUGUGAAGCCUGUGGAAAGGCUGGAAAAGGACAAAGUCAAGCAGCUGGCAGCAUUGAUCAAAGGCUGCAUACCUGAUUGCAAACUUGAAUACUUCCCAGCAGAUCCAGAGAAAGCUUGCAAUAGGCUGCCAGCCUUUCUGUGUUUGUGGUACCCAGCCACAAGCAACAAGAAAGCAGAUGAGAGGAAAGCUUUCUCAGAAGCCUGUGGAAGGCUGGAAAGCCAUGAGGCAAAAGCGAUUGUGAACAAUCUUCAUGAAUACAAAGCUUGGCUGCUUAGAAAAAAAAGAAACUUAAAGACAGGUGAAAGAACAGACCCUACCCUCAUGGCCUUGUUCAAUGCAAUCCUGCAAAAGGAUAACCAGGGAAUCAAUAGAAGCAGCAGCACCAUGAAGAUGAGGGGAGAAGAAGAGCUUGAGAAAGCUAAUGAAAAGCCUGUGAAAAGGCUACGAAGCAAACAGCCUCUGGAUGACAAAGCAGAAGACAAAGCAGAGGUGCCAAAGCCUGCAAAGGCCAUAUGCUUUGCUUUUGACACCCCUGGGAGCCAAAAGUCCAAAAGCUUUGACAUAGUGUCUGUUUCCAGUUCCAGUGGUGGCUUUCUGGCACCUGGAGAGCUUUCAGAAGAGCCACCUGAGCCUGCAAAGGCUGGAAAGGCAGGCCAGCUGCAGGACAUGGUGAUGAAGAAAGUGUUUGCAAAGGCACAGGAAGAACAUAUGACAAAGGCAAGCUUGGUUCACUACAAGAAUGAGAUUUUGGAAGCUGGGGAGGCCCAGGAGGAGCCAGUGAUGGCUCAAGAGGCUCUGGCCUGGGGCCUCCCUUGGUGGCUGCAACUUGAAAAAGCUAAGGAGCCUGCAAAGGCUGAGUUGGGAACUGAGCCUGGAGAGGCUGAGCCUGGAGAGGCUGACAGCCAGCAAGUGGCUGAUCAGGAGCCUGCAAAGGCUGCACCUGCAAGUGGCUCCAAGCCUGAAAAGGCUUUGCCAGCAAUGGCCACAGAGAAAGCCAAAGCUAAGGCAAAGGCCUUGCCAGCUCCUAGCAAAGCACAAUGGAAUGAUGUGCAUUACACAAUGAAGAAGCUUGAGAAAGCUGGCAAGAUGGAUUUGCCUGAGAAAUGGAAGAAAGCUUGCUUGGGAGGCUUACUUGAAAGAGAUCAUGAGAAUGAAGCCUGGGCAAGGCUGGGUGUGAAACAAUACUAUUUCGAACAUUUUGAAGCUGAGAAGGAGAGGCAUGUGAAUGAAAGUACCACUGCGGCCAAGCAAACAGUGGAAGUCUCUGACAGGCAAGAUUUCCAAAAGGCAGAGAAGGCCCUCAUGGCUGAGCCAGAAAAUGGCCAAGUGGUUUUUGGAAAGAAAAGCCACAAGGCUGAGGCAGCCGCCAGUGCAGGGGAAGAAAAGCCUGAGGAGGCUUACAAAAAAGCAUACCAAAGCCUGAAUAAGGCUGUGAAGGCUUUCUCAAGUGCAGUUGACAAGCUGCAGUUGCUGAAGACAAGCUUGGCAAAAAAGCAGAAGGAGCAGCCCAAUGCACAAUUGGCUGCCAGUGUAGGUGAAAUGGAAAGCUUGCAAAAUCAACAUGAAGACUUGAAAAGUCAGUGGGUCACCAGGCUGGCUGCAGUUGCCAGCUCAUUCCCUGCUGAUGCAGCCAGUGAUGGCUCAGAAACUGAGAGCAAAACCAAAAGCCUGGGUAAGGCUUUGAACCCACACAGAUUGUGGGCCAAGAAUGCAGGUUUCAUUUAA